CUAAAGAAUGACGUCACCCAGCUAUCCCACCAUACCGUUCGCGGGGCCAGACCCUCCCAUCACUACCGGAGAAGCCUGCAGAAGGCGGGCAGAGUUGUGCCUACAAAUUACUCACCAUGGAGUCUUACGACAUUAUCGCCAACCAGCCAGUUGUGAUCGACAAUGGCUCUGGAGUGGUGAAAGCUGGUUUUGCUGGGGAUCAAAUCCCAAAGUACCACUUUCCAAACUACAUUGGUCGUCCUAAGCAUGUACGGGUGAUGGCUGGAGCACUGGAAGGAGACAUGUUCAUUGGACCGAAGGCUGAGGAACACAGAGGCCUGUUGACUAUCCGGUACCCAAUGGAGCAUGGUAUAGUGACAGACUGGAAUGACAUGGAAAGGAUAUGGCAGUACAUUUACUCUAAGGACCAGCUCCAAACCUUCUCUGAAGAGCAUCCCGUACUGUUGACUGAGGCUCCACUCAACCCCAGGAGGAACAGGGAAAAGGCUGCAGAGGUGUUUUUCGAAACCUUCAACGUGCCAGCCCUGUUCAUCUCAAUGCAGGCAGUCCUCAGUCUCUAUGCGACAGGGCGCACAACUGGCGUGGUGCUGGAUGCAGGAGAUGGUGUGACCCAUGCAGUGCCGAUCUACGAGGGCUUCGCCAUGCCCCACUCCAUCAUGAGAGUAGACAUCGCCGGACGGGAUGUCACGCGGUACCUGCGGCUCCUGCUGAGAAAGGAGGGACAAAACUUCCACACCUCUGCUGAGAUGGAGAUCGUCAAAACCAUCAAGGAGAGAGCAUGUUACCUGUCUAGCAACCCGCAGAAGGAAGAGACCAUGGAGACAGAGAAGACCCAGUAUGCACUACCAGAUGGCAGUUCACUCGAGGUUGGACCAGCACGUUUCCGUGCUCCUGAGCUGCUGUUCAGACCAGACCUGAUAGGGGAGGAGUGUGAGGGUCUGCAUGAGGUGCUGGCCUUCUCCAUACACAAGUCAGACAUGGACCUGAGGAGAACACUCUACACCAACAUCGUACUGUCGGGAGGAUCCACGUUAUUUAAAGGUUUUGGAGACAGACUACUUAGUGAGGUCAAGAAACUAGCACCAAAGGAUGUCAAGAUUAGGAUUUCUGCACCACAGGAGAGGUUGUAUUCCACGUGGAUAGGGGGCUCUAUAUUGGCCUCCCUGGACACCUUCAAGAAGAUGUGGGUGUCCAAGAAGGAGUAUGACGAAGACGGGGCCCGAGCGAUCCACCGCAAGACAUUCUAAUGUCAGGGAGAGGCAACUAGCUGUAGCAUCAAGACAGUUGUGCAGGUCAAUCCACACCCAAAGCUCAGUACUGUGUGCAGUGCCAUGGAAAUCAAGGGGUUCAACAAUUCUUCAAAUUCAGAAAUAUGUGAGGCUCCCUUUCUAAGCCUUCUUUAGACUUAUUGCUUUGCAAAAAUGAUGUGCAACUGACCUACUGUUGUCAACAAAAUUAAAGUCACGUUGGAAAUAUGUAUAUGCAUGGGUUUCCUGGAUGUAUAUGGAUAUGGAUGAUACCAAUAUCAGGAUGUGAUUGGUAAGGAAGUAUUAGCUGGUUCCAGUGUAGAGGUAACAACAUUGUAUCUGAAUGUGUUUGGUUUGAAACUAGUGAAGGUAUGGGAGAUGUUUACAACAAAGUUUCUCAAAUUUGAUGAUAUUUUAGAAGGAAAUUAUCCGUGUCCCCAUGUAUCAAAUCAUUUACUGAAUGAUCUUCUUAAACCUGGCCCUGUUGGUGCCUACUGAUCUGCACAAGUGUUAUUAAUUUGAUGUAGCAUAGGUAAAUGAAAGUUAUGGAAUGGGUCCAGCCAUUGGUGUAGUGUUAGGCAGUGGAAGAUUGCUAUUCAUGUACUACUCCUGUAUAAUUCUUGAGGUACACAUUCAUAACUGGUACAAUAUAUCUAGCACAAACUAACAUGUACCAUAUUGUGGUGAGAAAAGUGAGUUGAUUUUGGUUUAGACUGACAUGAAAAUAAAACAAUUACAGAGAAGCGUUCUGUAGAAUCAGGUUUGAGACAUAUAUAUGUUUUGGUAGAAUCCGUGGCUGCAAAUGUUGGGUUGCCUUUGUCUUUGAUAAACCAAUGAAUCCUACGUAGGUGUUUUGAACUGUGCAAAGUCAUGUUGAGAACAUGCACACUAGAUGAUACAUUGUUGCUGGUCAUUUUUUUUACUGCUCCUCAAGAUAGAAAAUCGCUGCUGUGGGGGUUAUUAGUUUAUAUAUUUAAGGACUUAGUAUCAUUUUCCAAAUUAAUUUACAAAUCAGGAAAAGCACUGAGCCCUGUGAUUAGAAAUUUGUACAUGAUGUAGGUGGUUCAAGAAUAUCUAUAUCUUUGUAAACAUGAACAUUUGGGAAAACAUGUGAUUAAUGUUUUAACUGGGUUUGUUUGUUAACAAACUUGAAGGUUCCUGUGAACUCCUUUGACUUUUUUCCUAAGAUUUGGAUCAGAGGACAAAUCCUAGAACAAAGUAGUCGACUUGAAGUAGCUUACAAACUGAUUUUUGCACCUGCAUUGUACCAUGUGGAAAUCCUACUGAUAGCUACUUUUACAGGACUUCACAAUCCAACACAUUUUCAGGGGUAAUUUAAGAAAACUAUGUAACCUUGUUUUAUCAAUUCAACUUUGUGUUUUUUGGUCCUUUCAGCUGCGCUGUUUCCCAAAUAUGAAACCUCAUGAAGUUUAUGCGACUCCAUUAAUUACUACUAGCACUUGGUUUAAAAGCUAUUCGUCAAUCUACUGAAAUGAAAUGUAUUUUGAAUAUGUCUCCUCAUUAAUCUUCAUGUAGCUUUUACAAACAUAACGGGAAGAUGCAUUCCAGGUAGUCAACAAUUGCUCGAACUAGACCCUCUUUGUCAAUUAUUUAUUAUCAUUUUUAAUCAUGUAUGAGUGUGCUUGCCAACAAGUGUAUUGUAGAUAAAGCACAGGUUUGUUGUCUUGGGAAAAUGUGGGAUCUGACAUAUAUAACAUACAUGAGGUAUAUGGCAACAUAAUGUUCGCAGACCUGGCACAUUUUAUAUCCUUGGGAAGCAAACCUGUACUUGUUAUGCUCAAAAAUUGUCAAAGGCAUAGGUGAUUUGCAAUGCAGAGAAUAAAUCAGCAGCCAUAAUUGUA